CGUCUCCGGCCGUCUCGAGGUUCUGCGCCUGCGCGCGGCGCCCAGGGGACUUGGUCGGAGUGAGAAAUGGCGGCCUCCGUGUUCUACAGCCGGCUCUUGGCUGCCGCCACCCUGAGGAGCCACCGACCCCUAACGGCGCUGCCGGCCGCCGCCCAGGUCCUGGGAAGCUCUGGAUUGUUUAACAACCAUGGAGUCCAAAUACAGCAUCAACAGCAAAGGAAUCUCUCGCUGCAUGAAUACCUGAGUAUGGAAUUGUUGCAGGAAGCUGGCGUCUCCAUUCCCAAAGGACAUGUGGCUAAGUCACCAGAUGAAGCUUAUGCAAUUGCCAAAAAAUUAGGUUCAAAAGAUGUUGUGAUAAAGGCGCAAGUUUUGGCUGGUGGCAGAGGAAAAGGAACAUUUGAAAGUGGCCUCAAAGGAGGAGUGAAGAUAGUUUUCUCUCCAGAAGAAGCAAAAGCUGUUUCCUCACAAAUGAUUGGGAAAAAGUUGUUUACCAAGCAAACAGGAGAAAAGGGCAGGAUAUGCAAUCAAGUAUUGGUUUGUGAACGAAGAUAUCCCAGGAGAGAAUACUACUUUGCAAUCACAAUGGAAAGGUCAUUUCAAGGUCCUGUAUUAAUAGGAAGUUCUCAUGGUGGUGUCAACAUUGAAGAUGUUGCUGCUGAGACUCCUGAGGCCAUAGUUAAAGAGCCUAUCGAUAUCGUAGAAGGCAUCAAAAAGGAACAAGCUGUCCGGCUUGCACAGAAGAUGGGAUUUCCAGCCAGUAUUGUGGAUUCUGCAGCAGAAAACAUGAUCAAGCUUUAUGACCUUUUUCUGAAAUACGAUGCAACCAUGGUAGAAAUAAAUCCAAUGGUAGAGGAUUCAGAUGGAGCUGUGCUGUGUAUGGAUGCAAAGAUCAAUUUUGAUUCUAAUUCAGCUUAUCGUCAGAAGAAAAUCUUUGACCUGCAGGACUGGACCCAGGAAGAUGAAAGGGACAAAGAUGCAGCUAAGGCAGAUCUCAACUACAUUGGCCUUGACGGAAAUAUCGGCUGUCUAGUGAAUGGUGCUGGUUUGGCUAUGGCUACAAUGGAUAUAAUAAAACUCCAUGGAGGGACUCCAGCCAACUUUCUUGAUGUUGGUGGUGGUGCCACAGUCCAUCAAGUAACAGAAGCGUUUAAACUUAUCACUUCAGAUAAAAAGGUACUAUCUAUUUUGGUCAACAUUUUUGGAGGAAUCAUGCGGUGUGACGUUAUUGCACAGGGUAUAGUCAUGGCAGUAAAGGAUUUGGAAAUUAAAAUACCUAUUGUGGUACGGUUACAAGGUACACGAGUUGAUGAUGCUAAGGCACUGAUAGCGGACAGUGGACUUAAAAUCCUUGCUUGUGAUGACUUGGACGAAGCUGCUAAAAUGGUUGUGAAGCUCUCUGAGAUCGUGACCUUAGCCAAGCAAGCCCAGGUGGAUGUGAAAUUUCAGUUGCCAAUCUGAUCCGAGAAUCCAGUGGGCAACUGAGGAAGUUAAAUGUGUUAUAAUUGUUAAAAAUACUGUGUUCCGUAUUACUAUUGUUCCUUUUCUCUUCAGCAUGUGAAGCUUUGUAAUUACCACCUGGGCAUAAAAACUAAAAGCGUUUGGUCCGCGUUUAUUUCCAUUCAAAAGGGGCUGUUUGUAUAAAGAAUGUGUAAGGCAGUUAUCUAGUUUGUUCUGUUGCAGCUUUCUUUUUCACUUUUACAGAAUAUGCCAGUUUAUUAUUGCAGUAUGCCAGUUUAUUAUUGUUGGGUACAGCAUUCUUCAUUGAUAAAGAGUCUUAUGAAUAAAAUAAAUAUGAAGAUAAAGCUUUAUUCUUUAGUGUAUUAUAUCUAAUAAACUAGUUUCAUCAGUAGAACAAUGUAUUAAAACAAUGUUUUAUAUAAGAAGUGUUUAUCUUCAGCACCAAAUACUUAACUAAGUAUAUCAGUCACUAUUUAUAAGCAGAUCUUUCAAACACUCCCCAGAAUAUUCUUUUACGUAUUUCAGUGAAGUAACUUAUGAAUUAUUUGAACAUUGUUUUAAUCAUUACAAAACUCUUGAUAACUGCUAGUCCUCAUGAUGAUCCUGUGUUAUUGAGAAGCUGGAAGUUUGUAUCAAGUAAAGGUAUAUUUACUAAGGACUUGGCAGACAAAAUUAACAAUGUCAAUUUAAAUUAAUAAAGAUCUCCCAGUGUGAUUUGGAUUAAUUUUUUUUCCCUUUUUAAGUAAACACAGUAAAAAGUGAUGUGUUUAUCAUUGCACUAAAUACCUCUGAGGAACUGAUUUGUAGAUUAUGUACUAGGAAUGAUACUUGCAUAUAAUAAAGCAAUCUAAAGAUA